AUGGGAUUGUGUCAAGCCCUUGGAAACAUCUCUCGCCUCCUCAUUGUUGGCGCUACAGUCAUCGCGCUGAUAUUGUCAAUUCUGACCGCAAUGUCCUGCGAGCUUGUUCAAGUCGACGAAGCAAGUGGAUCCACCUGGGGAUUCUUCUUUCGAGGCGCCAACGGUACAUGCCAAGACAUGGUGUUCGGUACAGAGGAUGAGAUGAUCUUGGCUGGAAGAACAUGCUUGAUUGUUUCCAUUUGUGCUGGAUUCAUUGCAGGAGUCAUGGUCACUUUCGAAUGGCUCUUCUGUGAGAUCUGCUGUGCCGGAGUUUUGGAGGGCAUUGCCUUCUUCCUGGCUUGGGCUGUAGGUGCAAUUUCCUUCAUGUUUUAUGGAUCAGAUCUCUGCACUGCGGAUGGCAAGGAGUGCACCUUCUAUGAUGCCUCUGGGUACAUGACAGCCGCUGUCAUUCUAUAUUUGGGUUGCGGCGUUGUGCUCUGCUUUGCUCCUCAGCCAUACCCAAUCUGCCGUAGCAGCAAGGAAUAG